AUGAUUUUCCAACUCUUUCUUUCUUUCUUCAUUCAUUUCUUUAUUUUUAUUUCUACCUUCAAUUAUAUUCUAGCUUCCCCUUUUUUGGCUUUAUCUGUUUGCUUUUUUUUAACACCAUCUCCUUCAUUCUUUCUUUCUUUUUUCUUCAUUCAUUUCCUUCAAUUAUAUUCUAUCUUUACAUAUUUUAUUUUCUGCUUUAUUCUUCCCUUUUUCUUCUCACAUCUCCAUGUUUUAUUUCCCUUUUCUCUCUUCUAUUUCAAGACUGUUUUUUCAAUCAGGUCCUUAUUUUUAUUUCUACCUACAAUUAUAUUCUCUUUCCUUCUUAUUUUCAGUUAUAUUUGUUGUCUUUUUCUCAUGCUAUCUCCUGUUUUCAUUCUUUUUCUCUCUUCUAUUCCAAGACUCAUUCUUCCCUUCUUUUUUCAUUCAUUUACUUAUUUUUACUUCUACCUUCAGUUACAUUCUAGCUUCCCCUCUUAUUUUCUGCUUUUCAUUCAUUCUUUCUUUUUUCUUCAUUCAUUUCCUUCAAUUAUCUUUAAAUAUUUUAUAUUCUGCUUUAUCCCCUGCCACUUUCCUUAUACACAUCUGUUUUUAUUCAUUGUUUCAUUCUCUUUUUCUCUUCUAUUUCAAAACUCUAUUUUUUCAUUCAGUUCCUUAAUUAUAUUCAUUCUUUCCCUCUUAUUUUUUUUUAUUUGUUUGUCGUUUUCUGACAUCUGUUUUCAUUCUCUUUUUCUUUCUUCUAUUCCAACAAACUCAUUCUUUCUUUCUUUUUUUCAUUUACUUAUUUUUAUUUCUAGCUUCCCCUCUUAUAUUCUGUUUGAUCCAAUCUUUCUUCCUUUCUUUUUUCCUCAUUCAUUUCAUUCAAUUAUAUUCUAUCCUUCUAUAUUUUAUUUUCUCCUCUUAUGCCUUAUCACCAGUUUUCACUGUUUCUUUCUCUCUUUUUCUCUCUUCUAUAGACUCAUUUUCCUUCCUUUUUUUUCUUCAUUCAUUCCCUUCAAUUAUAUUGUCUUUGCAUAUUGUACGUACUUUAUACCUUUUUCUUAUCGCAUCUACUUUUUUCACUGUUUCUUUCUCUCUUUUUCUCUCUUCUAUUUCAAAACUAUUUUUUCAUUAAUUUCCUUAUUUUUAUUUCCACCUUCCAUUAUAUUGUAUCUUUCCCUUUUAUUUUCUGCUCUAUUUGUCUUUUUCUUACACCAUCUCCUAGACUCAUUCUGCCUUACUUUUUUUUUUCAUUCAUUUACUUAUUUUUAUUUCUACCUUCAAUUAUAUUCUAACUUUCCCUUUUAUUGUCUGCUUUAUUUGUAUUUUUCCUCACACAUUUCCUGCUUUCAUUCAAUUUUUUUCUUUUCUGUUCCAACAGUCGCAUUCUUUCUUUCUUUCUUUUUCCUUUAUUCAUUUCCUUCAGUUAUAUUCCAUCUUUCUAUAUUUCAUUUUCUGAUUUAUUUUACUGUCUCUUUCCCUAUUUAUAUUUUCCUCUUUUACUUGGUUUUGUUUCUCUUUUUUUCAACCAUCUGUUUUCAGUCAAUAUUUCUUUCUCUUUUUCUUUCUAUUCCAAAACGUCUUCUGACAAUCUGUUUUCAAGUUCAUUCAAUUUCUGCUAAAUCAUUUUCUGUCUUAUUUCUUACUUCUACUAAUAUCUUUUUUCUCUUCUUUUUUCUUCAUUCUUACUUUUCAUAUCUAGUUCCUCUUUUUAUUCUUUUCCUCAUAUAUUCACUUUUUUCUCUCUUCUUUCUCAGUCUCAUUCAUUCAUUUCCUAUUUUUAUUUUUUUGCUUCCUUCUUAA